GCACGUAGUGCUAAAAAAAAUAGAAGAAGCAACAUAUAUAGACUGCAAAUUUAAAUAGAUUUACAUUUACAUUUCAUUGAUAAGCACAUGCACAAGCAAUACCCUAAUUGGAGCAAUGAUAUAAAAACAAGUUGCUGUAACGCUGGUGUGCCGCAUCGCGAUAAACUGAAUACGCUUAGUUGAGUCUAAACAUUACAAUAGGCAACGGCACGCAGGCAACAAAAAAUGUUUGCAACGCUUAAAAACAAAAUUAAGGAGGAAACUGGAGAAGAUGUGUCCACGUCGGCAACCCAGACGCAUCAACGACACAGCAGCAACAACAACAAUAAUAAUUAUCGCAUACGCAGUCGACGUGUGAGCAUUAAUUCCAACGUAGCUGAUGAUGUGGGCGGUGGCGGAGUCUACAGCGAGUCAGAACAACUGUGCCAGCUACGAAGCCAAUGCAAUGAGCUUGCAUCCAGAGUUAGCAGCCUGAGUCAGAGUUUACAAAAAUUGCAGGAGGAGAAGACACGAGUGGAUAAGACAAAUGAGAUUCUAUUGGAAAGCGUUCGAGUCGCUCAGACCCAAAAGGACAUCUAUUGCGAGGAACAGGAAAAGAUACAAAAUCUGCAGCAAAUUGAAAUUGAUAAACUGAAAAGUUUGCUCGGCUUUCGCGAGCAGGAAGCCGUUGAUCAUAUGAAUGCCAUACGCCAGUAUCAACAGCAGAUUGAGAAUUUUAACCAGGAGCUGGAACGGUUGCGCUCCAUAGAGCCUAUUGCUGAGGAUUUGCGCGAUGAACUGGAGCAGUUGCGCCAUGCCACACAGCAGGAGAAGAACCAUUUAACUACAACUCUGGCUGCCGUGCAGGAGGAUAAUCGCAACAUGAAAAUGCGUAUGAGAAUUAUUGAAGAGGCGCGUCUGGAAGCUUUGCCCCAAUUGAAUACCGAACAGCAAGUGCAGGCACUUGUGCAGGAGCAUAAAUUGUUGGAACAGCAUCUCGAGGAGGCACAUUUGCAGUUAGCCGACAUCAAGAGCUCAUGGAGUGGCCAAAACUUUGCGCUAGAGAAGCAAGUGAGUCGCCUGUCCCAACAGGUGGCCGAGGAGACCACCGAAAAGCGAAAGGCGCUCAAAGCGCGUGACGAUGCAAUAGAAAAUCGAAAGCAAGUCGCAUUCGAGCUGGAAAAAGCCAACAGUGAGAUCAAACAACGAGACGAUAAGAUUAAAUUAUUGGAAGACGAACUCAAUGAGCUGAACAUUGCAUUAAAAGAAUGUCGCGAAGAGAAUGAGCAGCAAAUUCUAUUUGAGCGCAACAAAUCCGAAACUCUGGCAGCUGAAACAAAAGAUCUCAAAAUGCGACUCGCAACCGCUGACGAAAGAUUCAGUGAAUAUGUGAAAAAUGCUGAGCAAGUCGCUCAAAAGCUGCGCACACAAAUCACCGAGAAACAAGAUCUUUUAGGCGACACACAAAUGAAAUUGGAAGUUGAGCGCGAGGAGAAACUGACUGCCUUGCUGCGCAACGCGGAGAUCUCGCAGAGCGAAGAGCUGCUGAAGAAGGAGCUGCGCAUGGAGCAAACCGAAUCCAAUGAUUUGCACGACAAGAACAAGCAACUGGAGAAGGAUGUGCAAGAGGCACGCCAGGCAUUGCAGUUACUCAAUGAUGCGGCCCAGCAAAAUACAAUGGAUCAGGCAAAAUACGAGCUGACACAACGAGAAAUUGUGGAAAAGAAUAAGACAAUAAAAACUUUAAAUCAGCGCUUGGGAGACCUUAAAAAGACCUUGCAAAAAGAAUUUCGAAGUUCGCAAACAGCAACCAUCGAUGUUGAUACGGAUCAAGUUAUACCCGCCUUUAGAAUUUCCAAUGCACCAAUUGAGAGUUUUCAAUCGGACAACAAGCCCAAUUGCAUUAUUAUGGAUGAAGUAAAUUUUAAGUAUCUUAAACAUGUCAUCGUCAAGUUCUUAACAAGCAGAGAGGUCGAGGCGCGUCAUCUGGUGCGAGCCGUUUCCACGCUGUUGCAGCUUUCCCCGGAGGAAGAAAAACUGCUGUACGAUACGCUUAAUUGGAAAAUGAGCUGGUUUGGCGUGAAACCCAGUUAAAUUCGAUCGAUGACAAGUGAUAAAUGCAUGCAUUUUCAUGUGCAAUAAUUAGGUACAUUCAUAUGUACAUAUACACAUACAUUCCUACAUUCAUAUUUAAUUUAGUUUUUCAUUGUGAGCCAUUUGUACUAUGUACAUAUUACAUUGAAUUACAUUGUGAUUUAAAAAUUUC